UCCACCUACUUGGACAAUAAACAAUAUGACCGCACUCAGUACAGACAAUGUUCAUUAUUGCACAAGCUUUUCGCGCAGGCCCCUCUUUGUUUGUCGGCACGUGAGCGGGUACGGUAAAACCAUGUGGACCGUGCACCAAAUGGGAUAAAUGGCAUUCAGUAGCGAGACAGCGAGGAGAGCAGGGGAUGUGCUUAGAGAGAGGUUGUUUGGGGUGAACAAUGGUGUAUCGUUGCACGGAGGAGACGGUCUCCUUGAUCAACAAUCUAAAGCAAUCAGGGAGCUCCAGGAGCUGCUACAGAGGACAGUCAGUCGUGGAGAGGGGAAUUCCCUACUUGUAAUUGGCCCCAGGGGAAGUGGAAAGACUUGGGUAUUGGAACAAGCCUUGAAGAAAGUGAGUAGCCAUGCACAGUGCAAAGGGAACUUCAUCACUGUUCACCUCAAUGGUUUGGUCCACACUGACGAUCGGCUGGCUUUACUAGAGAUAGUCAAACAGCUGGACGUAAAAGAGGAUUUCGGAGACAAGAUCACGCUCUCUUUCUCUGGACUCUUGGAGUUCCUUCUGCAAGCUCUGCGAGAAGGUGAUGACAGCAAGCAGAGUGUGGUCGUCGUAUUGGACAACUUUGACCUCUUCACUCAUCACAAGAAUCAGAUGCUUCUCUACAACCUGUUUGACAUUGCUCAGUCUCGGAGCACACCUCUUGCCGUGGUUGGCCUCACCUGUAGACUGGAUGCCGUAGAGCUACUGGAGAAGAGGGUAAAGUCACGUUUCUCACACACACAACUCACUCUUUUCAACGAGCACACGUUUGAGCAGUACAUUCAACUGUUCUGUUCUCUGCUAACACUACCGGACAAGUUCCCUGAUCGGAAGUACAGAGACAAGUGGAAUACACACGUCAAGGAGUUGAGCGAGGACGCUCGGGUGAGGGACAGUUUGCAGAGGGUCUAUCGUUUCUCUCCCGACGUUGGCUCUCUUAUUAACCUCCUGACGGUCCCAAUUUGUCGUCUUGGUCUGAGAGACACGUUCCUCCGCCCCACGGACUUUGUCUUCUCCCUUAAGCUGUUGGAGAAGGAGGCAGUGUCAGCCAUUUUGUGUGGUAUCUCUGUCCUGGAGCUAUGUCUGGUGAUAGCCAUGAAGCACGUUCAAGACAUCUCAGAAGAUGAACCCUUCAACUUUGAGAUGGUCUAUAGCGAGUACAAGAAGUUCACUCAAAGGUCUCAUUCUGUUGAAUUCUUUGGCAAACCAGUGGCUCUGAAAGCGUUUGAACACUUGAUUGCUCUCGAGUUGGUGUGUCCGGCCGACUCUGGCGGGCUGCCCACUACUCGUAGUCAUGGCAACAAGGUGAUGAAAGAGUACCAGUCCGUUGUGUUGACGCUGGGAGAGGAUCAGUUUAAAGAAGCCAUACAGAGCUAUCCUAACUGCCCCACUGAUGUGCAGAGAUGGGGGAAAACUACUGGAAUAGCUUAGUGUGUAUUUGUUGAUUUUGGUUGUGACCUCGAUUGCUUAUCAUUCCCACAAUAAUUAUUGUGAUUGCAAUCCAUAUCUUGAUUUGCUUCAA